AUGCUUCGUCCUGCGACGCGGAAAUUUUCUUCCAAAUUUUUGAUACCCCAGAGGUACAGCUUCAGCUCAACUGCAGCUGCUAGUGCUGAUUUCACACAUGCUGUCAUAGGUGGCGGCGUCGUUGGGCUAGCGGUAGCCCGCCAGCUUGCCCAAAGAGAUGGUACCUCAACCGUGCUCAUAGAGCGCCAUGAUGCCAUCGGCACAGAGACAAGCUCCCGCAACAGCGAAGUCAUUCAUGCAGGUAUCUACUAUGGACCCUCGAGCUUAAAGACAAAGCUUUGCAUCCGCGGAAAGAACCUGCUCUACGAGCUCUGCGACAAGCACGACAUCGGCCACCGCCACACAGGCAAAUGGAUCGUAGCCCAGAACGAGGACCAGCAAGAAACUCUUGACAAGCUUCACGCUCUGUGCAAAAACGAACUCGGUGUUCCAACGCGCUGGGUCAGCGGCGAAGAGGUGAAGCGGGACGGUGAAGGUGUCAAGGCUGCGUGCGCGCUUGAGAGCCCAACGACUAGCAUCGUGGACUCGCACGGCUUGAUGCUGUGUCUUCAGGGCCUGUUUGAAGAUGCUGGCGGAGUUGUGGCGCUCAAUUCACCCGUUUCUAACAUCACUCCGCUCGGACCCAAACCUGGUAGUGAGGGCUGGGAGAUUGAUGUCAAAGAUGCUUCUACUGGUGAGACAUCGAGUAUCACGACCGAGACGCUCAUCAACGCUGCAGGGCUUGGAGCGGCGGCCAUUCACAACAUGAUAGUACCGUCUGAUAAGCGUCAGAAUCUAUACUAUGCCAAGGGCAACUACUUCUCGUACUCUGCAUCUCAACCCAAGAUCUCACGGCUUAUCUACCCGGUGCCCGAGCCUGGCAUCGCAGGUUUGGGCACCCAUCUUACACUUGACCUUGCGGGUCGCCUACGCUUUGGUCCCGAUGUUGAGUGGAUUGACGAUCCCAACGAUCUAGCCGUCAACGCGGAACGAUUGCCACAGGCUAUCAACGAGAUCCAGCGUUAUCUACCUGGCAUUGAUGCUUCGGCUUUGGUAGCAGACUAUGCAGGCAUCCGGCCCAAACUAGCUGGCCAAGAUGCUGUUCGUCAGGGCAAAGGAUUCCAAGACUUUAUUGUUCGGAAAGAAGAAGGGUACGAGGGCUGGAUAAAUCUAUUAGGCAUUGAAAGCCCCGGAUUGACAAGUUCUUUGGCCAUUGCUGAAAUGGUGCAGAAUAUACUGUAUGGAUCUACGCAGUCAUUGUAG